AUGUCGCGAACAACAACAGCACUGGUCGCACCCAACCUUGACGGACAGUUCAAACUUGAGCAAGUCCAUCUAUACUCUUUACAACCCGAUGAGGCACUUGUUGAAAUCCAUGCUUCGGGGGUUUGUCACACAGAUCUAGCUUGUGCUAGUGGAAAAUUACCAUGUGGUAAGAACGCUGUCCUUGGCCAUGAAGGCGGAGGCGUAGUAAUCGAGACAGGUUCCAGUGUCACGAACGUUACAACAGGUGACAAGGUGCUGCUAUCCUUCUCAUCGUGCGGGACUUGUCCAGGCUGUGUAUCGAGUCAUCCAGCGUAUUGUUACGAAUUCAACCUCUACAACUUUGGCGGGAGGCGCGCGGAUGGCUCAGCUACCAUGUUCACCAUGAAAGAAGGCCGAAAGCGCCCCAUGCACAGCCGGUUUUUCGGUCAGAGUUCCUUCGCAAGACACACUAUAGUUCACCGAACAAGCAUUGUCAAAGUCCCACAAGAAACACCACUCGAGCUCUUUGCGCCUCUUGGGUGCGGCAUCCAAACUGGUGUCGGAGCCAUAUUCAAUACCCUCAAUGUCAAACCUGGAAGUUCUGUCGCUGUGUUUGGGGUUGGAUCAGUUGGUUUGGCAGCUAUCAUGGGUGCCAAAGCUCGAAAGGCGAAGACCAUUAUCGCCAUUGACCUUCAAACUCAACGACUUGAACUGGCCAAAGAAUUGGGCGCGACACAUGUCGUGCUUGGACCAGAUCAGGACCAUAUCAUUGAUAGCAUCCAGGAUAUUUGUCCACCAAUUGGUGUUGACUUUGCUGUUGACUGCACUGGUGUUCCAGCCAUCAUUGAAACUAUGGUGGCAGCACUCGGAAUGAGAGGAAGGGCUGCGACUGUUGGUGCGCCUGGUGGAAUGGCUACAGCUAAAAUCGACAUCAUGAGCCAUCUAACGUAUGGAAAAGAAUAUGUUGGGUGCUCUGAAGGUGAUAGUAACCCAGAAGUUUUAAUCCCUGAAUUGAUCGACAUGCACUCCCGCGGAGAACUGCCUCUGGAGAAGCUAGUCAAGCAGUAUCAUAUCGAAGACUACGAAAAGGCUUUUGCGGAUAUGGCAAGCGGGAGCGUGAUAAAGCCUGUACUGACAUGGGAGGGUCUGAAGCGAACCAGCCACAUGUGA